CUCUCCCUCUCCCUCUCUCUCUCUCUCUCUCUCUCCCUGUGUCGCUUAAACAACAGUCCUAACUUUUGUGUGUUGCAAAUAUAAAAGGCAAGCCAUGUGACAGAGGGACAGAAGAACAAAAGCAUUUGGAAGUAACAGGACCUCUUUCUAGCUCUCAGAAAAGUCUGAGAAGAAAGGAGCCCUGCGUUUCCCCCAAGCUGGGCAGCAGAUACUGUGAUGAUGGAUUGCAAGUGGAAAGAGUAAGACAAAACUCGGGCCUACAAAGGACAAUGACAACCAGAAAGCUUCAGCCAGAUCCUGCCCUUUGCUUGAAAGGAACUGGAUCCUAGGAGGCGAAGGCAUUUCCCAUUUCUAGUCCUCUGCCUCCCUCUGCUGUUCCUUCUCAGAAGCUUUCCUUACAACAAUGAGAAAUCAUGUACUAGCUGCAUCCUUUUCUAUGCUCUCCCUGCUGGCGCUAAUGGGAGACACGGACAGUAAAACGGACAGCUCCUUCAUGAUGGACUCGGACCCUCUGCGCUGCAUGAGACACCACUAUGUCGAUUCUAUAAGUCACCCAUUGUACAAGUGUAGCUCAAAGAUGGUGCUUCUGGCCAGGUGCGAGGGGCACUGCAGCCAGGUGUCACGCUCGGAGCCCUUGGUGUCCUUCAGCACUGUCCUCAAGCAGCCCUUCCGCUCCUCCUGUCACUGUUGCCGGCCCCAGACCUCCAAGCUGAAGGCACUGCGGCUGCGCUGUUCGGGGGGCAUGCGGCUCACCGCCACCUACCGGUACAUCCUCUCUUGUCACUGUGAGGAGUGCAGCUCCUGAGGCCUCCCGCUGAGUGGCUUCUGGAUGGGACAACCUCCCCCCCCCCCCCCCCCCCCCCCCCCCCCCGCACUGAGGCAGUUCAACCAGCCAGGGAAGGACUGGCAAGAAAAGAGUUAAGGCGGGGGGGAGAAAAGAAAAAAGAUGCAGCAAUUCCCACAGGAUUGUGCAUAUUCUAGUAAUAAAGACUCUCCAUGCUUGUUGACAGAGAGAGAUGCUCCGGGAACUGGUCUUCCACCCCUGUCUCCUUUCCCUGGUACAAUUUCUUUUGGUUCCUUUUCAGAUUCAGGCAUUUGCCCCCUUGGCGCUGAAUGCUGUUCAAGUUUCCAACAAUUUCAGCCUUAUAGGAGAAAGUGCCCCCCCCCCCCCCCGCCCCCCGUGCCCAAGUGGGUCAGGUUGUCACUGUUUGGUGCAGAUUAGGGAAGCCUUCGCUUUGGAAAGCAGGAAGAAAGCCCAACUCUUUCUGCGACACCGUCUGGGUUGGUUCGGUUUGAUUUGGAUCUUGCCCUUCGAUCUAAGGUUGCCAUCACUGCUAAAGGUGACCAGUGGUGAAUUCCAGGCACCAAGCAGGUUGGAGAUGUGUAGCCAGGCUCACUCACAGCCAGCUAACUGACAUUAAAAUAACUAACAAAUGGAUUCUCUUACGUGAUGCUGGAACUCCUGAUAGCGGUCAUUAUUAUUCAGAAAUGACUUUUGGGAAGUAAAGGUGGCAUACGGAAUUUGUCACCUGAAGGCUCUUGCAGAUAAAUUAUGGUAAAAUUUUGUAAGGGAGCAGACUUUUAAAGACCUGCACAAAUACGGAUCCUGCACUGACUUUGAAAAAGGCAUAUAUGUACUAGUGGCAUGGAGAACGCACUAUACUCAUGCAUGCAAAUUAGACAACAAAGUAUGAAUCUAUUUGUGGGUGUGCUAUAGCUUUAGCCAUGUCGCGGGCAUCAUUCUCUACCAUCCACUUGUCCAUGUGAAGCUUGCUGCCAAAAUGGUGGCCUGGCUCAUCUUCUGAACAUUUGGCUCAACUCUCUUUUGGUCUCUGAGACUCAAAAUUUGAGUUAUUCCCAUGUUGUGAAAUAAAAAGACAGUAUCUUCAAAAUUGUGACUAUGAGCAAAUGGAGACCUGCCGAAACCCAGGUUUGCCCGAAGGCACACACUUAGUCUUGGAUUUGGAACCAGAACCCAGGCUUUCUGCUUCACAGCCAUGAGCACUUCCCUUCCCCCACCCGUGAAGAUUCUCAGUCUUUUAAGGCUCUUGGAUGCUGAAUACGGUGAAUGGGCUGGAAAAGAGUGAGAGAGAUAGAAUAAAGUUUAAUGGGGCAUAUCAAGGCUGAGAAAGAGGAAGAAGAAUUACAUUUUCCCCAAAGACCUCAAAAUAGCCUGGGAAUGGAGAGAAUUUAGACAUUAUUGGAUAUUGAGUUACUAUGGAAUUUCUAUUAUGUCUUUUAAAAAUUUAACAUAUUUAGUCUUAUUUUAAUGUCUACCCCUAAGGAUUGAGAGAGAACCAAAUGAAAACAUUGAUCUGUUGAAAGCACUACUCCCGGAAUGCCUGAGGAAUGUUCACCCAUCUUCCCCAUUUGCUACGCAUGAGUAAAGGGAGAUCAGAAUAUGUUAUAAUCUUAGUAGCUUACAUCUUCAAAAUCUGUAUGAUAAUCCAUGAUGGUGGAGGGCAAGCCUCUUGUAAACUGAUUUUACCCUCAUCAUUUAUAAGUAUUUAAUAAUAGUCAGUUAACACUGUACUGGAAAAUAGAGGGGAUUACGGACUGAAUUGAUUUUCUUGAGUUUUUCAGACCAGUCUCUUAAGUCUUAUUCAUGUAAGCUUCUCAACUUUCCCCAGAAGCUUAGAAUGAAGGACCAAUCAGCCCUCCUUGGUCUCAAGGAAAUAAUGGUUAAUUUUCUUCUAAACCCAAGUGCUUGCUAAUCCACCCAACACAAUUAUUUUGUAUUUGGUGGAGUGGGCUGCAUACACGUUAUGACUGGGGAACCGUUUGGGUACAUUCAUUUCUUCCUUGUGACAUCGGAGGAAUUAAGGUCCAGACGUGCUUUCAGCCAUCUCUUCAGGUCCUGCUGACACAUACACACUUGAGCAAGACAGCUGCCCAGUAUGGAACACCAAAUGCAUGGGAGCCAGGCCGUUGUGAAGGCUUCUAUCAGAAAAGCAAACCAUAUCCUGCUGAUGCUGCCCCCUUGGUGAACCCAGGGCAUGGCCACAUCAUGGUGGAUAGACAUGUCACUCCCUUCAGGAACCAGAAUAUUGGAGAGGCAUGGAUCUGGGAAGAGAGGUUUUGCGCAUGGCUGUAUCAUUACACACUGGGAAGAGCGUUUGCUUCAUAAUGCCUGUUUCAAUGCACAAACAGGUACCCAGCAACUACUUGCUGAAGGACAGUACUUCUUGAGAGAACGACAUCACAUGCCAACAAAUCAAUGUUUUCCUUUAAGUUGUCACUGUAUUAAUGACGUGUUUGGGUAUGUUCUACCGUAAAUCUGUAAGAGCAUUGGACUUUUCUUUAAUUCAAUUAUGAAUGGAACUUCCAAUUUCUCAUUGAGUAAAGUCAUUCUGUGCCCUCAAAUAUUAAUACCAUCUUCUCACGUGGUAGAGAGAACCUUUUAAAUUUGGUGACUGCAGGGAAUAUGGACAUGCACCAAGGAAGGAUUUGUUGCUCCAGCCGUCGACCCCUUCAGGAAUUGCCUGAGCUACACAGUCACCUUGCCCAAGAGCGUGUUCUUCCAGGGGUGGCUCAGAUCCAGUAACUGAUGGGGGUGUGGGGGGCAGUCUAAGAGCCUGGUUAUCCUGGCCCAAUGGAAGACAACGCUAGCAGGCCAUCCUGGCUCCAGAGCUGGCCACUGGGUUGACUGAGGCAUGCCAGCUCUAUGUGUGUUUGCACCCAGGCUUGCUCCCCCACCCUCUGCUUCCACAGGUGCUGAUCCCUAAUCAAUACCUGCACCGAAAACUCCACCUCAGCGUCUUAACUCUUGGGAGCCCAGCCCACAGCAGCAAUUUAUACAUCUUUUAGUGGCCUGUAAAAGGAGACAAGUGCAUUUAAGCCAUCUAGUCUCAUGACAUGCCUGGCCCGUAAUACGUGGGGUUCAAAUCAAUGUUCGUGCUUCCUCUGAAAGCAUCAUUUAAACAUAUAUGCCAGGACCUAUUAUGCAUCAGCUAGCAUGCGAAAUGCUGGAGAAACUGAGAGUUCUUCAUUAUCUUCCAAAUCACCACCAAAACUAAUAUUGCCAUCACCAUUGCAAAGUGUAUAUCAAGUAUCUGGACAUGCAUAUGUGCCAUGGAAAUAAAUUUAAAGAGGUACCUGUUGUGGGAAGAGGCCAUGAGAAACCACAGGGCUAACAUCAACACCGGUGUGAAAAGGAACAGAAAGGCAUGUUGUUCAGCUCUCAUUUUAUAGAGGUUUUUUGAUUCUGUGUCUUCUGACUUCUCAACCCGUGCUCAUGCCAUUGGCCAAUGCUAUAUUUUCCUGAUUCUUCUUGCACGAGUUUCUCAUGAACAACACAAAAAGCAUUCUUCACUGUUGUCAUUGAAACUAACAGCCCAAGAUUUUGUUUGACCAAGUGCCCACUUUCACCGACUAAUUCAUAGUGCUCGGCACACGUACUGUUGUAUGUCAAGAGCAUGAACUCUGGGGCCAGACUGCCUGAGUUCACAUCCCUGAUCUGCUGCUUAUGAGCCGUGUGACUUUCAGGCAUGUCGUGUGGCCUUUUUGUGCCUUGGA